GAGAAAGCUUGAACGGUUGGAAGACUUCAGUGUUUGACGAUUACAUCUUUCAACCGUCUCGACUUGUCAACAUGGGUCGAGUUAUCCGUGCCCAGAGGAAAUCUGGAGGGAUCUUCAAGUCCCACACUCACCACAACAAGUCUCCUGCUAGACUGAGGAACCUCGACUUUGCCGAGAAGAAUGGAUACAUUCGAGGUGUCGUAAAGGACAUUAUUCACGAUGCUGGACGAGGUGCUCCUCUCGCUGUCGUUCACUUCCGAGACCCUUACCGCUACAAGGUUCGAAAGGAGACUUUUAUCGCCCCUGAGGGAGUCUCCACUGGAUCCUUCAUCUACUGUGGAAAGAAGGCCACCCUUCACGUCGGAAACGUUCUCCCCAUCUCUCAGUGCCCCGAAGGUACCAUUGUCUGCAAUGUUGAGGAGAAGGUCGGAGACCGAGGUGCGCUCGCCAGGACAUCUGGAAACUAUGCUACUGUCAUUGGACACGGAGAGGAUGGAAAGACCCGUGUCAGAUUGCCUUCCGGAACCAAGAAGGUCAUCAACUCUCGUUGCCGAGCUGUCGUCGGAAUCGUCGCUGGUGGUGGACGUAUUGACAAACCUUUCCUCAAGGCUGGAAGGAAAUACUUUGCCAUGAAAGCCAAGCGAAACUCUUGGCCACGAACUCGUGGUGUGGCUAUGAACCCUGUCGACCAUCCUCAUGGUGGUGGUAACCAUCAACACAUUGGUCACGCCUCCACCAUGGCCAGAGAUGCUCCUGCUGGUCAAAAAGCCGGUCUCAUUGCUGCUCGCAGAACUGGUCUCCUCCGUGGUACCACUGGAAAGGAGAAGGAGUAAGCGAAUCAGUGACGAGACGAUGGGCGAGGGCUUGUAUCAUUUCCAUUACGUACGAGGAGGAUGCAUGGUCCUCACUGCGG